AAAUUACUGAUAAUAUUAAGGUGAAAAGCGUUUUUCGUUUUCGAAGUGUAUAAAGAUUUUAAAACCAUUCAAUUCGGUUUUGUUCUGAUUACACAGUGGUAGCAAAAUGUCACAGUAUCCACCUAGUAAGUUUAUUUACUGUAUUACAGCAUUUUAGGUUUUAGGUUCAAUGUUUGUCUUAAUUUUGAUGAAUGUGUUUUUUUUUCAUUUAAGAAUCUAAUUUAAUUGCAUUUUGCAUUACACUAUAUCAUAUUGAUCUUGAUGUUAUAUAGAUAAUUCUUUUUUUCUUCAUUUAGUUAAUGCCCAAUACAAUUUUAUUUUUAUUUUCAGUAUAUUUUGAGGAACAGAAGAAGUGCACACUUUUUUAAAUACAUAAUAAUAUUUUUUUCCGUUUUCAAGAUUUAUCUAUGGUUUUAAAUAUUGCCUUGUUCUACAUUUUGUGCUGUUGUUGAUAAACCAGUUUUGACCAUUGUCAUUGUUUUUUAAUAUAUGUGGUUAUUAUUUUAAUCCUAUCACAUGAAGUGUAUUUUAUGGAUAAAAUAGAGACCUCAGGUUCUUGUCAAGUCAGCUGGUACUGAUAUUUGAAUUCAUCUUUUUCCUUUCAUUUCAUGUAUUCAUUAAAAAGUAGUACCUGGCAAUUCAUAAUAGACAUUCUCUUCACUGUUAUUUACCAAUUAAAAACAUUGGAAUGCUUAAAUGUUACAGUCUUCAUAUAUAGUAGUAGCAUCCAAUCAAAUUUGAUUUCACUAAAAAAUCAACACAUGUUGGUAUUGCUUGCCUAUUUGAUAUACACAGGAUUACAGUUUUUAUUUCCAUAAUAUAUUUAUUCUUUUGCUUUAAAAAAGAAUAUACUACUACUGUUAAAUAAUAAGCAGCCUUUUCUCAAAUAUACCAUCUAGUGUAUAUUUUCUUUGUAUUCUGAAUUUAACAUGUCUAGAAAUAUUUCAAAUAUACAAGUUGUUAUCUUUGUUUAUAUUAAAGAUUUUUCAUGUCACUUUUAUUUUGAGUAUAUAAAUAUAUAAACAUAAGGUCAAAGGUGCAUAUAAAAUAUUUAGAUUUCCUAUUCAAAGAAUAAAUAUUGAUACAGAUAAUUUAUACAAAAAAUCUAGGUUUUGAUCAUUUGAAUACCUUGGAAAAUAGAGUCCAAGAGAAACUUAAUCGAUGUUAUAUUUUAUCUAAAAAUUGCGAUAGGACAUUGAACAGCAAACGGAAUGUCAAACUUAUGAAUCAGCCUUAAUAGAAGAUUUGUUCUUAUGUACUUUUUUAUAUAGAUCCCAAUCAAGGCUACUAUGGUGGACAACAACCAGGUUACCCACCCCAAGGAAGUUACCCACCACCUGGUGGAUACAAUCCACAAGGUGGUUACCCCGCUGCGCCACAACCAGGGUCUUAUCCCCCACCUAACCAGGGAUAUCAGCCGGCACCACCACCGUAUAUUGCCAACGAUCCAUACUCAACAGGUGAACAUGUUCCCUUCUCUAGUAACACUACUGGUUCGUUUAACAUUUUAAUUUCUUCCUGCAUUGCUUUGGCUUUGACAGAUAAAUGUGGUCUGGUCAGUUCUUUUGUAACACUAACAAAAAAAAAUAUUGAAACUUUUAAAAAUCAUUGAUCCUUUGGGCAAUUAAUCAAUUUUAUAGCUUUCAUUAUAAGUUAAAAUUUCCUUAUUCUAACCUUUUCUCCCUUUGGUUAGAGAAUGCAUGGUAUAUAGUCCAAUUUAGCAGAGCAGGUUUAUUUAUAGAUUGGUUGUACAUUAUCAAGUGCAUAUAUUUAUUUAGAAAAUAACAUCAAAUAAAAUAAAAUUAUCUCAUUGAAAUGUAUUUUUAUCAAUAUAGACUCAAGUAACAACUAAUUAGAUAUACAAUGUGAAAUUGAUAUAAAUUUUUGAACAAAUUAAAGGAUAAUCAUCUUUUUCCAUCAUUUUUCCUCGUAUUUAGUUGAUGGUUGAUAUUGAUUUGCCACCAUUCUUUCAAGUUCAUCUUGAACAAACAAUGGUACAGCACAAUUUGGAGGAAUGCUUAGGACCAUAAUGCUGUUUUUUUGAAAGUUUCUUUUUUACUGAUAUUUAUUAAUUCUGAAAAGAUUAAACAGUUAUCUAUUGUUGUUUUCACUCCAGCAAAUUUCCCUCAUUUAAAUUAUAUGUUUGGUUUUUCAGUUGUUGAUGCAAUGGAAGUGCAAGUUUGUUCCCAAAAUGUUAUAAACACUGUCUGAAAGAUAUUGUCAGCAAUAUUUUUUUUAUAUUUAAAAGCCAAUGGCUUUCUAAAGGUCUUGUAAGUCAGAACCAGCUGAUUUAUUUUCACUAUUUGCCAUCUUUCUGUACUUUGUUAUAAUCAAAUUAAUAAUUAUAAAAAAUUGAGUUUCCUUUUCUUAUUCAUGAAUGCUGUGCACUUAACUAUUAACAAAUCACACUGUAUAAAAUUUGACGUUUAGGUAGAGUUGUCAUGUCGUAAAAAUGAGUGAUUAAUAAGUUAAAUGUUUGAUGUUCUUACUAUUAACAUUGAUUAUGAACAUUUGUUUAUCUUGUUUGAUGGUUUGUUUGAAAAAUAAGAGUGAUUAGAUAUAUGGCACGGAAAGGUUAUGGCGGCACAGGCUAUGGUGAAGACCCAGAAGUAAAAGGAUUCGAUUUUAGCGAUGCAUCAAUUAGAAGAGGUUUCAUUCGAAAAGUUUAUGCUAUAUUGUCAGUCCAACUUGGCAUAACACUCUCUUUCAUAUGCUGGUUCCUCUACCACAGACCCACUAGAGAAUAUGUUUAUUCACACAUAGGUCUGUUUUAUGCCUCACUUGUCAUAGUUUUUGUGGCUAUGAUUGCUUUAGCAUGUUGUGGAGAUUUACGCAGAAAAGCACCAGCUAACUAUAUAUUUUUAUUUAUAUUCACUUUGGCUGAAAGUUUCUGUCUGGCAUGCUCUGCUUCUACUUUCAAAGCAGAUGCAGUUGCUAUGGCCGUGGGAAUUACAGCUGCAGUGUGUCUUGGAUUAACUCUUUUUGCUUUUCAAACAAAAUGGGACUUUACUAUGAUGGGUGGGAUUCUUUUUGUAGCUGUAAUUAUUCUAUUGGUUUUUGGAAUAGUCGCUAUUUUUGUCAGAAGUAAAGUUUUUCAACUACUGUACGCCUCUUUUGGAGCUUUAUUAUUUUCCAUUUAUUUGAUUUAUGAUACACAAUUGAUGAUGGGUGGUAAACAUAAGUAUUCAAUAUCUCCAGAAGAAUAUAUAUUUGCAGCAAUGAAUCUAUACGUUGACAUUAUUAACAUUUUUAUGUACAUUUUGGCUAUUAUUGGACAGGCUAGGGAUUAGAUUGUUAAUUUGUUGUAUUGAAUUUUUUAAUAUUCCAUAUUUGUUAUUUACUAGUCUUAUUUCUAUAUUAUAUACUUAUAUAAUUAAGUCACAUCACAGUUAGAGUAAUUUGGGCAAUAAAUCAUAUAUCAUUUAGAAGAGAUGGGAGAUAGGAAAUUAACACAAUUGUUUGUUCAAUAUUCUUGUGAAAGAAUCGAUAUUAACUAUAAUAUAAUAAUCUGUUGUUCACUUAUCAUCUAAUAAAUAAAAGUUCAACAUAUAUCUUGCUUUUAUUGAUAAAUUAUCGACAUUAAAUUAAAUAGAAGUUAAUUAGGUUAAAUUGAAUUAAUUAUUAUAUACUAAAACAUCCGUUAUUAUUUAAAAAAAAUAAGGGAAUUGUUACAGAUAUAACUAUGAAAACUUAUAUUUAGCUUGAGCUUUUUCAAAUAUUCUAACAUUUACUUGGGACACCCUAUAUAUUUAAAGUAAUAAUGGACUGUUAUGAGUAAUAUAAUGAUUACAUUACAGAAUUUCUUUGUUGCCUUCUUUCUCCUAACUUUACAGACUGUUUUAAUUAUUAACCAUUUUUAUUUAUUUUAUUGUCCUGACGUUUGAUAUCCAUUAGAGAAUGUUUUUAUUCAUUUUUCAACUAUUUAUUUUAAAAAUUAUUAAAAUGUAUCUGAUAUUCAAAUAUUUAAUCUAAAUCCACCUCAUAUUUUUAUUUAUCAAACUAUAAUAAACAAUUAUGAAAUGUA